AGUCUUGACAUCCGAAUAAUAUGGGACAAAAAUAAUUAUUAAACAAACCAGAUAUUCGAAUUUAUUAACCCUUAAUGCAAUCUUUUUCUUCUUUUAAGCUUUCAUGAAAUCUCACUUACUUUUUCAAAAGGUCAUUAAACAUAGGAAAUCCAUAGCGAAUUGGUUGUGUUGAAAAAGUAAUAUAGAAGUAACUAUUGAAAGGAGUUCAACGAAAUUAGCUGAUAGCAAAGUAAUGAAUUAUCAACCAAAAGGAUUCUUUGCUCGCCUGCUUAUAGAUAAAUGCAGAAAUGAUACAAUUCUGGAAAAUUGUGAUAUGUCGGAGUGGUAUACACUCCUAAAUAUUCCGAAAGAAUUCCGAAACAGAUUUAUCAACAUGGGCAGUCCAGAUGAAAUAACAUUACAGUGGAUAGAACAGUCACGUCUUGAAUCCAGUAAACUAUGGCUCCAAUUGUGGCACUUAUUGGCUAAAGCAUUCCUCAGCGUAUUUAUGACACAAACAGAUGUAAAUGGAAUAUUAAGGCGUGGAUCAAUGUACAUUUUAUCUGAUAACCAGUUUCAAACGAUUCUUACUAAUAGUGGACUGAAGAAUUUAGCAAACAAUGGUAACAACACUAUACGAGUUUUAGACAUUGGUGCUGGUGACGGAGAAGUUACAGCACGAUUAGUAAAUGCGAUAUCUUUGCUUGUGCCAGAUUCGAACAUAACUCUUUUUGCAACAGAGUCUAGUUGGGUUAUGCGAAGCCGAUUAGCAGAAAAGCAAAUCCAGGUUGUCGAGGAAAUAAACGUUCUUAAUAAUGUUGACUUUGUAUCAUGUUUAAAUGUAUUAGACCGUUGCAUUGACCCACUAGCACUUCUGCAUGAGAUUUACAGCGUACUUGCGCCUGACGGACGCUUAAUGGUAGCAUUGGUGUUGCCGUACAGCCAUUAUGUGGAAAAAAAUUCGAGUCAUUUGCCAUUAAGGCCACUUUUGGAUCACUGGCCUAAUCACACAGGAAUGUCCAUUGAAAAAGAAAUAGAAGCUUUUUUUAAAAAACUUGAAAUUGUUGGUUUUACAAUUUUAUCCUGGACUAAGGCACCGUAUUUAUGUGAAGGAGAUUUAAGGCAAUCGUUUUAUUGGCUAGAUGAUAUAGUAGUUGUAUGUUCAAAAUAAUUUUUUAUGAAUUAAAAAACUUGCAGUUAUCAUCAUGAA